AUGGGAGCGCAGAAGUGCUACGCGGUCUCCGAGGACGAUUGCAUAGCCAGCGUCUCCAAGGGGGAUGCCUGGGUACUGCGAAUUCUCCAGCAAGGUGCCAAAUCUGCUAUUCUGCAGAAUGCGGCUGUCGUGAGUCGACCCAGCCCAGCUUGCAACAAUACCGUAGAACUCCAGGCUGCAGUGAGAAGCGGACAGGCUGUUCGUGGAAUCUUUGGAGCUACCCCAAUAGCAAGGAUCCCCUCCUUAGACCUUGUUUGGGGCAUUGUACCAGAAUACAUGCAUUGCCUCUUGGAUGGCGUGAUAAAGCAACUUACUGAAGCCUGGAUGACAAGUACUUGCUCUGCAUACUACAUUGGAAAGUGCCUAGCCUCCAUUGAUGACCGCCUGGUGCGCAUAACGACCCCAAUCUUGUUUUCACGCAACCCUCGAGGACUGAAAGAGAGGGCACUAUGGAAGGCGAAAGAGUGGAGCUACUGUCUGCUGUAUUACGCUCUGUCGUGCCUUGUGGGAAGUCUACCCAGACUGUACUAUGCCCACCUCUCACUGCUCUGUCAGGGUAUUUUCCUCCUUUUGCAAAAGCGAGUUAGCCAUAGCGACAUUACAGUAGCUAAGAAUGUGAUGAAACGUUUCCUUUGUCAGGUCGCACCCCUUUAUGAAGAAAUUGCUGAGACGUCUAAUAUGCAUUUGCUGAUGCACUUGCCACAAUGUGUUACCAACCUUGGACCCCUGUGGGCCACGUCGAUGUUUCCAUUUGAGAGUGCGAAUGGAACAUUUCUCCAUUUCAUUACGGCAUACAAAGGAACAGCUAAGCAAGUGGCUGAAAGGUGGAUAAUGCGUCAGAGCCUCUUGUUCUCUAGUGCGAAAAUUAGACUUCCGCAGCCCCUAUAG